UGCAUGCUUCUCGCGUGCGUGUGUGUGGCUCCGUGCUGUGCGCGUACGUGCUUCAGCUGAUCGUUGGCGAAGAAAAGCAAGCAGGAGAGAAAGACGAAAGAAAACAUGUUGUCUGCCGCAAAUCGGGGCCAACACUGACGAUUCGCGAGCCGAAACAUUUCCGAUCCACCGCGUGUGUUUGCCAAAAGACUCGAAAAGGCAAAGCCAAAUGGUGGGCUACAGUCCGAACAGCGAGCACCACCUGACGGGCUCGCAGCUGGGCAUCGCCGGCGCCACCAGCGGCGCCGUCUCCAGGGCACUCACCCAGCCCCUCGACGUCCUCAAAAUCAGAUUUCAGUUGCAAGUUGAGCCGACUGCGGGCAGGGAGACGGCCAAAUCGAAAUACCGAGGAGUGUUGCAGGCGACGCGACUGGUGGUCAAAGAGGAAGGCGUAAGUGCCCUUUGGAAAGGACACAUUCCAGCCCAGGGUCUUUCCUUGCUCUACGGUGCCUCGCAGUUCUACACGUACGAGCUGCUGACGCACUACGCGUGCGACCUCAAGUUCAACCCUGCGGCCUUCUGGGUGCACUUCACGUGCGGCGCCCUCUCCGGCUGCAGCGCGUGCUUCAUCACUAACCCCUUGGACGUCGUGCGAACCAGAUUGAUCGCUCAAGGCGAACCAAAGAUAUACAGCGGAAUGACGUCUGCAUUUACAGCAAUCGUGAGAAAAGAGGGAUUUCUGGCGUUUUACAAAGGACUAACCCCGUCACUGAUCCUGAUCGCGCCUCAAAUCGGAGCCGUGUUCGCUUGCUACGAGUUCUUCCACGACGCCUGGUGUUCCACCCUGCCGAACGCGACGGGCUGGGCGCCGCUGAUCUGCGGAGCGAUGGCCGGCGUGUGUUCUAAGACGUUGGUCUACCCGCUGGACCUGGCCAAAAAGCGACUGCAGGUGACCGGCUUUGAGCACGCCCGCAAGAGCUUCGGUGAGGUGGUUGUUUACCGGGGGCUGGGGCACGUGCUGUGGCGCACGGCCACCAAGGAGGGCCUCCACGGGCUGUUCAAGGGCGUGUGGCCGAGCGUGCUCAAGGCCGCCUUCACCACCGGCCUCCAGCUGGCCGUCUACGAGCAGACGUGUCACAUGCUCGUCCUCAUGGCGCACCACCACUGAUUGUGCGUGCGUGCGUGCGAGCACAGCCCACGACCCAGGACAAUUCCUCAAUUUUCUCUCAACUGUGCAAAGACUGACACUCGUCGAAUCAAUCUCCUUUUGUGCGAGCGCCACUCUCAAUUUCUAGAUUUUGGUGCAAAUUGUCUUCCAUGUGUUCUCUGUUGGCAGGCAAAGGAGUAGAAAGUGCGUGCUGACGAUUUAUUUCCGACCACGGAAGCGGUUAAGUCGGUUUUCGGGCGCUGGAAUAGCCUUCGACUUACUAGUUAGUUAGUUAGUUAGUUUGAGUUUCUUUACACGCAAUAACAUAGCAGAGUUUUUUAAUGCCAAAGCGGAAACACUUACUAAACGAUACAAGCAUAUAUUGACUAUGCACUGGGCUUCCUACCUACGUUCUAACCAAGUGGAAAUUUAAUUAUUUUCACGGACACCUCUCUUUCGUCGCAGAAUUUAGUCUGAAAAAACUUGUUAAUAGAGCAAAAUGAAAUAAAGGCAAUAAAUUAAUACACAUGGAUGUGGAGAAA